AUGGAAUAUUAAAUAGAGUCUAAAACAAUAUACACAAGGACAGAGCCUUUAUAUAUAAAGACAUUGAUCUCUCUCUGAUUUCUCACACACACACACACACACAACACUGUGUCUUCUCUCCCUCUGUUUCUGUUUUUAGAUCUCUCUUCUCUCUUCUUUCUUUCCAAAAAUCAUCUUCUCCUUCUCCACCUUUCAUUAUCUUUCUUCUCUUACCAAAACCCUUUAAAUACAAAAAAAAACUAAAACACAUAAAAAAAAUAUUGAAUUCUCCUUUUUCCCGACAAUCUGAGUUUCUCAGGCAGAGAAGACAGAGAUUUUCACCGUAAGGGCAAAAAACGAAAAACUCUGUCUCUCUGUUUCUGUUUCGUCCUUCCUUGGCUUUGAUUUCUUACACCAAAAGAGACAUCUUUAAAGAAUCUCACAUUGUUCCCUAUUGCUUGUCUCACAAGAGAAUCCUUGAUCUAGGGUUCUUGCUUCCCUCCCCUGUUUUUUUCUUUAAAUUCCUCCUCUGUUUUCUUUUUGUUCUCGUCGGAGUAAGAAGAGAUGGAGCUAGGAGAUACGACGUCGGUGAUUCCAGACUCGUUCAUGGGAUACAGAGACGACAUAACAAUGCAAAUGUCAAUGGUUUUGGAUCAGAUACGAGCUCCAUUGAUUGUUCCAGCCCUUAGGCUCGGUGUUUACAUCUGUUUGACAAUGUCGGUGAUGCUCUUUGUUGAAAGGGUUUACAUGGGAAUUGUUAUCUCUCUUGUGAAGCUGUUUGGUCGAAAACCAGAUAAACGUUUCAAAUAUGAACCAAUCAAAGAUGACAUCGAGCUUGGAAACUCUGCUUACCCGAUGGUUCUUAUUCAAAUCCCAAUGUUCAACGAACGAGAGGUUUAUCAACUAUCUAUUGGAGCUGCUUGUGGACUCUCAUGGCCUUCUGAUCGAAUCGUUAUUCAAGUUCUUGAUGAUUCCACUGAUCCAACGAUCAAAGAUCUAGUGGAGAUGGAGUGUAGCAGGUGGGCGAGUAAAGGAGUAAACAUCAAGUAUGAGAUCAGAGACAACAGAAAUGGAUACAAAGCAGGAGCUUUGAAAGAAGGAAUGAAGAAGAGUUAUGUCAAAAGCUGCGAUUACGUUGCAAUCUUCGACGCUGAUUUUCAACCUGAAGCGGAUUUUCUAUGGAGAACCGUACCGUAUCUACUCCAUAACCCUAAGCUUGCUCUUGUUCAAGCUCGCUGGAAAUUCGUAAAUUCGGAUGAAUGUUUGAUGACAAGGAUGCAAGAAAUGUCUUUGGAUUAUCAUUUUACGGUGGAACAAGAAGUUGGUUCUUCUACUUACGCUUUCUUCGGAUUCAAUGGAACUGCGGGAAUAUGGAGAAUAUCGGCAUUAAACGAAGCUGGUGGUUGGAAAGAUAGAACGACCGUGGAAGAUAUGGAUUUGGCCGUGAGAGCUAGUCUCAAGGGUUGGAAAUUCUUGUACCUCGGUUCUUUGAAGGUUAAAAACGAGUUGCCAAGUACAUUCAAGGCUUAUAGGUAUCAACAGCACAGGUGGUCAUGUGGUCCAGCUAAUCUUUUCAGGAAAAUGGCAUUCGAAAUCAUGACUAAUAAGAACGUGACUUUGUGGAAGAAAGUUCAUGUGAUAUAUAGCUUCUUCGUGGUUAGAAAGCUAGUGGCACACAUUGUUACCUUCAUCUUCUACUGUGUGAUCUUACCCGCUACAGUUCUUGUACCGGAAGUUACUGUUCCGAAAUGGGGAGCGGUUUACAUUCCUUCAGUCAUUACUCUCCUCAACGCCGUUGGGACACCAAGGUCAUUGCAUCUUAUGGUCUUUUGGAUUCUGUUCGAGAAUGUGAUGUCUCUUCACAGAACAAAAGCUACCUUUAUCGGUUUACUCGAAGGAGGAAGAGUUAAUGAGUGGAUUGUUACAGAGAAGCUGGGAGAUGUUAAGGCUAAAUCAGCCACCAAGACUUCAAAGAAGGUUAUUCGUUUUAGAUUUGGAGAUAGAAUUCAUGUGUUGGAACUCGGUGUAGGAAUGUAUCUGUUAUUUGUGGGAUGUUAUGACGCGUUUUUUGGGAAGAAUCAUUAUUAUCUAUACCUUUUCGCACAAGCAAUCGCGUUCUUCAUUGCGGGAUUCGGGCAAAUUGGGACAAUUGUGCCUAACCAUUGAAGGGAAAAAGGAGUUUUCGAGCGACGAAUUGCUCGAGGAUAAGAAGAUGAUUUGUUUUCUUUCUUUUUGGAUUCGCUAGCUAUUUAAAUUCUUGUUGGUGUGAAUAGAGAGAAUUGAUGAUACCAUUGUUACAGAAAUGGUGUGUGUAGUGUGGAAGAUAAAGGAUACUUAUAGUAAAGAAGAAAUAUACUUUGAAGGUUUUUUUCAGAUUCCUUGAAGGCAAAUGAUUUUUGACUUAUCGCUAGACAAAAGAACUUAACUGAACAAAUAGAUUCAAAGCUUUAAACA